UUGAAGUAUUUUCACCGUAAAAAAAUUAUAGAAUAUUGAAAAAUGUCAGAAUUGUGGGGGUUGGGCGAUUAUCGCACUUACAAUAUAUAAAAAAUGUCCAUUUCUUCUUCACUUCUCUACGAAUCAAGAAACCAUGGCAACUCCUUCGCUGUACCGCAUUCUUCGAAGAGCUUCCACUAUUAUCAAUUCCUCCUUUUCGCUCUCUCCCAGGUCAGUUGGUAGAACUCAAAUAUAUUCUAUUUGUUCUUCUCCAUUGAGGCACUGUGUGACUAUUGGGAAUCAAGGUUUUUGGUGCGGUAAGGGUUUGAGAGAGUUGAGUUAUGGGACGGUUAAUCUUGUCAUAAGGGGAGGGAAGACAAAGUUUGAGACUAAUGAGGUUGACCCUCCUAAGAAAGAUAAGUGGAAGACUAAGAAGAGGUUGAAGUUGCAGAGGAAGAGAGACAAGGAGAAGAGGAAAGCGGCUAAUAGAAGGGAUCCUCGUCGACUUGGUGUUAAAGGGAAAAAGAAGAAGCAGAAGUUUGCUAAUCCAGAAGAGAGAAUCAAGUUCAAGAUUGCAAAUGCCAGAGUCAAAGAAGCAUUGCUCAUUGAAAGGCUCAAACGAUAUGAAGUUGCUAAAGCUCAGGGUCCCGAUGUUAAACCUGAUGGCUUGACAGGGGAGGAACGGUUUUAUCUAAAGAAAAUGGCUCAGAAGAGUUCUAAUUAUCUCCAAGUUGGCAGAAGAGGGUUAUUUGGGGGUGUUAUUCUGAAUAUGCAUAUGCAUUGGAAGAAACAUGAGACUGUUAAGGUCAUAUGCAAGCCAUGUAAACCUGGUCAAGUACAUGAGUAUGCACAGGAACUUGCCAGAUUAAGUGGCGGUAUUCCAAUUCACAUCACAGGAGAUGACACUAUAAUAUUUUAUCGCGGAAAGAAUUACAUACAGCCUGAGGUUAUGUCACCAGUAGAUACAUUAUCCAAGAAAAAGGCACUUGAAAAAUCCAAGUAUGAGCAAUCACUUGAGUCAGUGAGGCGCUUCAUUGCUAUUGCGGAGAAAGAAUUGGAGCUAUAUCACAGACACGUUGCACUUUAUGGUGACCCCAGCAACCGCAGUCCCUUGUCUAUACUCGACGAGCCAAGUGAAAGCUCCAGGGAAAAGAGGAAUAAUCAUGAUGGAAAGAACCUGGAUUUGAGUAGUUAUUAUCUUUCAGAGACAGAAGCAGGUUCCACAGAAAUGGAGCUAUCAGAAUCUGAAGAUAACUUAGAGAAUGGGAACUCGUCGAUGAAUGAAUCAGAUUCUGAUGAAGACAACAUGUUAGGUUCUGAUGAUGAUCAAGAAAGAGAAGUAAAUUUUACUAAACAUAUCCACAAUUUUAAGAAUCAAUAUUUGUUAUCUGAACAAAUUCCCGUCAUUAGAGAUUAAAGAUUAAUUAUAUAAUAUUGUUGACAGUUGCCUUUGCAUUGAGUAUACCAAAUAGUACAUAAAAAAUGUCUUGAAGGAAAUUGACAUAUAGUUUAUAGAAGAGGAAUUUGUGUCUUUUAGAAA